AUCAAUAUCACCCAGUCCCAAACCCUAGAUAUUUCAACAAGAGCAACAUUAUCAUUUCAUAGUGAAAAUCUUGAUCAAUGGGAGUUGCAAACAAGAUGAGUUGCAAGGACAAAGAUUUGCAUGUGACGACGAAACGACAAGUCGAAACCCUAACAAUUUCAACUCCGGCUCUGAAGAUCAAGGUGGAAGCUAGAGGAGAUAUUGAAGAGGAAGAUGGAGGGUGCACUACGCCAAAAGCGGAGGAUGGUGGAGAUUUGGUAUUACCAAAAUGCCCUCCUCCGCCGCCGAGAAAACCCAAGGCAGUGCCACUGCUGCACAAGAGAAAGGCGAGGGUUUAUUUGCUGGAUUUGUCUGAUGAAAUUGACUCCAUGUUUCCUUCUAAUGUUAUCAGGGAUUUUAUGUGUGGUAAGAUCAAGAAAAUUAGGACCCAGCUUUUAUGAUUAUUUUUCUUUUUUGUGUUUUGAAGCAGAUUUAAUUACUAGGAAAUUAGUCAGAAUUAAUUAUAUAUAUGUAUGCAGUUUUCCUUCAUGCACAUCAUAGCGGUUGGUGUAACUAAUUCUUUUUAUUAUUGUUUUUCCCCUUUA